AUGUCGGACAGAGGAGGUAGUGUUAAAAUCAUUAACGACGAGCUUCUUCCUUCUCCUUCUUGGUCGACCAAGACCACCAGCGAAUCGUGUGCUCUUCGAGUGUUAUGCAAAGCAAUUACGCCGAUUAAAUCGACCAUGCGAAAAUCAUUAAGCAGACCUCGCCGAGAGAGUGAUGAACUGAUUGAUUUCCACCGAAACACUGAAUCACCGGAACUCAUAAAAUCAAUUGACGAAGCAAUUGCGUGCGUAUGGACCCCUGUCGAGGCAUUGACGAUCGUUUCCCAUAGUUCAGGCGAUUCUAUGGACAUCAACAUCGAUGAAGCAUUCGAAAUUGGCCGGUGGUUAUUUUUAUAGUCUAUCGAUCGCGAGAGAGAUGAUCUCUUGAUGGAGCGGCAUAAACAUACAAUGGGCAAUACCGAGACUAACGAGGAAAUUAAUUUAAAUAAAGAUCGGCGCCAUUCUUGCAUAACGAUCGAUGCUGCUUUUCCAACUAACGUGACGCGAAUGCUGCAUCAGCUUCUGAAAUUCUUCUCAGGUCUGCUCAAUUUUAAAGUAGUCGAGGUGCGCGAGACAUUCGGCUAUUUGACUAACUUGUUACAAAUAAAACACAAUGAUUGAAAUAUUGACAACAUUGUCAAAGCGAAGCUACAAACGAUGAAUGAAAAUUUGCGAAAAUUCAGAGUAUUUAUUUUGAGAAACUUUAUCAAUGUUAAGCUUGUUAGCAGACAUUCGAGGGACAUCAUUUUUUGCACCGAAGAAGAAGUUUCUGCAUCAACGUGAAAAUUGAUAAAAGUAACCUUUGAACUUUCGGACGUGCGUGGUAGAUCCGUUACAUUUCUCUGGAAUAAAAAUAACGUUCUAACGAUAUUGUGGCAAAUAGAGGUUGGAAUUUCACUUUGCGAUAAAAGUGUUCCCUCUGCAAAGAGAAAAAGUAAUCGAUUAUUUUUGUCCAUUUAAUUUACUAAUGUUCAUAUACUUUGAAAGGUCUAAA